AUGGAUAUUGCUUUUAACGUCUUGGCCGUCGAACCCCCAAAAGAUCAUUGCCUGUCAGAUGUUCCGAAGGAACAGUCGGUGUCAAUAAUGUUGAAUGGAGAAGAGUCAGAACUAAAAUUCAUUAAUAUUACCAACACAAAGGCUGAGUUGGACAAAAUGGAUCCUCCAGAUGCUUUUGUAGUGCUGUAUUCUGUGAUUGACAAAGCAAGCUUCCAACGUGCCGAAGGAGAACUUACAAGAUUGCAAGACUGGGGACUUUUACGAACAAGACCAGCUAUAUUAGUUGGCAAUAAAGUUGAUUUAGUGCGCAGCCGAUCAAUAUCAUCGCAAGUCGCAGAUGGCAAAUGUCUGGCAUGUACAUAUCGAGCAAAGUUUAUAGAAAUAUCUGUUGGCAUUAGCCACAAUGUGGACGAAUUGCUUGUGGGAAUACUUAAUCAGAUUCGCCUGAAGCAAUUUCAUGCAGUACUAUCAGAACGAGAGAGCACAGCGCACUGGUACAAGAGUCGUGGAGUAGUAAGAGCCAGUAUGAAAGCUCGGCAGAUGUUCACAUGGCUUUUUGGUAAAGAAGAUUCAAAGUUCAAGAACUGUGAAAACUUGCAUGUUCUUUAGUUCAGUUAUCAUUAUUACUAACAUAAAAUACUUUCAAGCUUUUGUGAUUCCCACAAAAGUUGAAGUUUCCGACUAGUUACUGUCACUGUCUACAAGAAUAGUACUCAUGUAACAUGAACUGGAUAUUAUAUUAGAUAUUUCAGAAAGAAAUUCUCUUGAUACUAUUUAUAUAAACCCACUGCAAGGCAAGAGCAAAAAAGAAUAAAAUCCAAAAUCUACCUCACUGCUUCCAAAGAAACAGUAUUAUUCCGAAGAAAGAAGUAACACCAGUAAAUUAAAAAUUCAGGAUUAAUCCAAAUUACUUUAAACCAAGAAAUGUAAACCCUGAAUAUAUUAUGAAAUGUGACCUAUAACGAGAUUAAAAAACAUACCCUUUUCCUAAUUAACAUAAUUAAUUGAAAGUAACUACACAAAUUCAACACUGCAAAAAUUAUUCAUUGCCUUGAUGUUGGGUGUUCAUACAAUAUGGUGUAUUUAUUACUGUAUGUAAUGAGUAAAGGGCUGUAUUUGAACAAAUAACAAAAAAGUAUUUAUCAUCACUACUGUACAGUUAGUUCAGCUGGAAUUGCUAUACUUGUACUAUUAUAUCCUCUUUGUUCCUCCAAAUUGAUGUAGAUUGUAUUCAAGACAAUAAUUUUGUACAAUGUAAGGAAUGACGCAAACUUAAUUCUAUAUUAUUGUAAAACCCGUAACUUAUGUGGAAGUAUUUCAUUAUUCUUAGAAAUUUAUAAGCAUUAUUGCUCAAUGUACAUAAUUAUUUUAAUUUUGUUAUAAAUGCUAUGUACAUAUAAUAUCUAAGAAAUUUACUCACAUAAUUUCCUGUUGAUAUCUUUAUUCAAAUACAGCCACAUGCAGCAGUUUACCACACUGCAAACUGAUAUAAAACACUCUUGAAGCAAUAGCUAAUGAGAGAAUUCAUGUGUGCAUAAGUAGUAAUGUCAAUAAUUAAAUCCGUUAACAUUUCAUGGUACAAAAUACUAUAAUAUGACAAAUAUACUAGUUUAUUACUGAUAUUUCUCAACUAGUAUGAGAAUUUUGUAUAAUAAUCAUAAUUUUAUGGUAUCUAUACCACAAAGUUUUGCAGUUAUUCAAUUUUCAUAAGAGUAUGGUACUGCGAAAUGGAAAUUUUUCAAUAUUAUUGUUUAAAUCUAUUGUACUUGUUUAACCUAGUUCAAUGUAAAUGAUGAAUGUACUUUUAUGACCAAACAAGUACAUGCAUAGAAGAAACUGAAUGAUUUGUUACAGUUCAUCAAGAUUCAGUAUAUCUUACAACAUGCUCUCCGAGAAAAUAAUGUUAUUAACUGCCAGAUUCUUGCAAAUGACAAGUGAAAAGUGAUAAUAGGCAGCAAUUUCUUUCCCAUGUGUUGUUCCAAAGUAAUUAUAUGUUUGCAAAGAAAAUGCUUGUAUGGUUGUUUGUCUUGGAAUAUUAUAUUCACUUACAUAAAAUGAGUCAUACCAUUGUAAUGAAAUGUAUGUAUGUAUAAUAUUUUAAAUUAAAGUGUCUGUUUCUAUUGACUAAAGAAGAACAUAAGCAUCAUGGGAGAAUUUAUCAAAAGUAGUUUUGAAUUCAUUUCAAACACAAGAAAGUUUAAAUAUCUAGCAAAAUUUCAACUCAACAGCAAAUAGUACUUUUAUUUCAGUCUUGAAUAAAUCUUCAUUCGGAUGUUAUAGUAUAAUAUUAUUAUUAUUAUUACCUCAUAUACUAUACAGCACAACAAAAUAUUAAAUUAAUUCCUAAUUUGAUAUGUUCAAUUUGUAUGAAUAUGAUAUUUUAUGAAGUGAAAUUAGGUAUUGUGAAACAAAGAAACAUAGCAUGGUGGUGUGAUUUUUUACUGUUAGUAGUUUUGAACAUUUCCAUUAUUAAAAAAGUAUAUUAGUCUUCCUUGAUUUUUCAGGAUCAAGGUUACUUCAAUUGAUAAUGUGCAUUCUUUGUAACAUGUCACUUGUUCAUUUUUAAGAAUAUUAAUAAAUUAUAAACAUCUGACAGUUACAAGAAUGAUUAAUGAAUUAUCAAUGAUGAUCACUAUGAGAUUAAUUUGAUAAUGGUAAACACUGUAGCAGAACUUGCCAGGAAAAUUUUUAAAUAAAAUUCUUAUAUCAAUUUCAUUUUUGCAUGUGUACUUCAAAGCUAUUUUCAUUGAAAAUAUUUGCAUUGAAUCCUUCAAGUAACAUACGUAUUGUUAGAUGAUUACCAGGAAAGUUUUUUUUACUGAAUGCACUUCAAGUACAUGGAACACAGGACAGGCUGCUGUUCCCAACUCAGAAAUCCUUCCUGUUUCAAUAAAGUUUUGUCUCCAUUUUUAAAGUUUUAUAAAUAAAAAAGACAUUCUUUUUAUAGCAAUAUACUUUACUUUAAAUUAUUAUGCAACUUAAACAUAUUUAUUUGUAAAGAGACAUAAUAAAUAUAGUAGCUUCAGUGUAAUUCCCAGAUUUCUCUUACUUCUAUUUCAAUUUUUUUUCAAUUUUACUAUCAUCUGAAUAACUUAUUUUUGUACUGGCAGUGUCAAUCUGUCAGGAAAAGGUGUGAAUUCAAUAUAAAAUAUGUCGCACAAUUGAUCUAUGGGUCUGUUUAUGCAAUCCAUUAAGACCGAAUAAGGUAAACAUAAUGUUUAGAAUUGAAACAUCUACAUCUAGUUCUGAUCUCCCAUGUAUGCAUUCACUUUGUGCACUUUAUGCAGUUAAGGAAUGAAUAAUAAUAAAAUGAAUUGAUCUAUUAUCUGAAUACUUAAAAUAUUGACUAACAGUGCCUUUUAGUAUACUUCAAAUCCAGUUACAGUACUUUCAUCUUGAAAGUUGUACAUUAAUUUUGAAGUAUUUCGUACAUACUUCUACUGUAAUAUUUAAGUCAAAAUGUGUGUAAUAGUUAUUUUUUAUUUCAAAUGUGAGAAAUUAUUUUAUAUCUAGUGUAAUUUAUAUAUAUAUAUCCAAUGUGUACACAAAUAUAUGUAGCAAAAAAGUUAAACAAUAAAGCCUAUUGUACUAUAAUUAAGCAUGUAU